AUGUUCCCUUGGACCUUGUCCUUUACUCCCUUUGCUUGGCUCGGCAUGCCUGCACUUCAUGCGCUCGGCUAUAGUUCUGUCUUCGAAUAUGGGGCCGUGAUGGUGCUUGAGUUCCUGUUCUUCAUGCUGGUGUGCCCUGCAUCUGGGCACGCAGUGUAUCCGUGUCUGCUCUGGUGUGUCAAAUGCCUCGACAAGAGCCUCGACCGUGGCCGUUUGCAGACAGCCGUGGCCUUCGGCGGCGGAUUGCUGCUGUUCAGCUUAUCGCAGCUUGAGGCAUCUUUCUUCUACUCAUCGCUGGAGAGCUUUAUGUUGACCCAGCACCCAGCUUUCCUGGGCUUCUGCGUUCUCGCUGUCGUUCUUGCCAUGUUCCAACACUACAUGCUCUUCGGCGCCGGGUGGCCUCAAAGAUCCAGCAGAGAGGUUGGGAUGUAG